GGGGAAAAUGAAGCUUGCGACCCUCUCUAAUUAGAGAAGGAUAUAAAAGGAAAGGCUUUGAAGUUGGCCAACGUCUUCCUCUUUUCCAUCACCAUCAGGAUGACAGCACCACACACAGUACAAGCAAGUAUGGCAGACACGCACAGCCUUCGAGAGAUAAUGUCUGUAGGUCAACAAAGUCAUACACAAAGGAUCAAUCUGUUGCGCAAAAAGGUUCAAUCAUUUUUUGCUCGAGAUGGUCCUUUACGAAGAGAUUAUGAGGACUUCGCUAUCUUUUCAAAAGAGGCAAGCUUGAUGUUCGCAUACAUAUUUGCAGGAUGGAAUGAUGCAACGGCAGGAUCUUUAUUGCCGGCUAUUCAAAAACAGUAUAAUUUAGGCUUUGCUUUGGUCAGUAUGUUGUUCGUUGCAAAUUUGAUCGGUUGGAUUGCAGCGGCAAUCGUUACGCCUGAAGUAGUGAAACGAUUUACAGUUGGAAGAAGUUUUACUAUCGCAACAGCAGUUGCCAUCGUUCCUGCGGCUGCUAUUGCUGCAGGUUCGCCCUUUCCUGCAAUGGCUGUUAUGUAUGCGCUUUUUGGUCUUUCGAUCGGAACGAUGGAAGCUCUGGCAAAUGCAUGGAUUGCUGCAAGACCGAAUAAACGUAUUCGAUUGAGCUGUCUUCAUUUUUCCUAUGGCGUUGGUGCAUUAUGUGCUCCUUUAGCAGGUUCUCCUUUCGUUGUGGCAGAUUUGGACUUUCAUCAUUUUUAUUUUGCUUCUUUGGGUUUAUGUGUUUUAAACACUUUAUUCGUAACUGCUUCUUUCAAAUUACGCAAAGAAGAAGAACAAAUUGAACUACAAACACUUUCGGCAAGACAACAAACAACAAAUGAUGCGAUCACACCUCAAACAGAAAUAGAAGUGGAUGAAUGUGUUAGCGAGAAGAAUAGUGAAGUUGCAUCACAAAGGAGUAGAAGUUCUGCCGUUUCUGUUCAUCCUGCUCCUGCUCCUGCUCAAAGACAAGAAUCUGCCGGUCCAUGGAAAAUUGUUCUUCGUCAAAAGGAUACACACAUUUUUGCCAUCUUUUGUUUGUUCUACGUUGGCACAGAAGUUUCAAUCGGUGGUUGGACGUCCACAUAUAUCAUUCAAGUUCGUGACGAUAUCGAUAGUAGUGGUCAUAUCGUUUCAGGUUUCUGGGCAGGAUUGGCGGCCGGAAGGGUGAUGCUAUUGCCCAUUACAGACUUCUUCGGAGCUCAAUUGGCUGCUCUGAUUUAUCUUUCACUUUCCAUUGCUUUACAACUAGUGGUCUGGUUCGUUCCAAAUGUGAUCGCAAACGCAGUAGCAGUUGCCAUGAUGGGAAUGCUCUUGGGACCUUUGUUCCCAAUCAUGAUCGAAUUGAUUAGCUUACGUAUCAUUCCAAGAUCCGUUCAAACUUCUGCAAUCGCUUAUAUCGUUUCUUUUGGAAGUGCAGGCUCGGCCUUGUUCCCUUUGAUCUUCGGUUUGAUGAUUCAAAGAUUUGGUCCAAAAGUUUUACCUCCGCUUCUGGUUGCUACUCUUUCUAUUCAAAUCCUUAUCUUU